GACUGGAGGUUUUGGAAAAAGUCGUUCCAUGCGAGUGGGUUCGGAUUUUUCCGGCCGUCUCAGUAGCGGACACAGACUCGGUGAAGCCGUUUCAUAACGAACUCGCGGCGGCCAACCAGCCGACCCGUGUCCUGUACCUUUGGAGGAUCACACGUUUGGGCUUGCUGUUUCUGUUUUACCGUGCCGAGUGGAAAAUAUUCGUGCUAGUUUUAAUGCGUUUCUUUAGCAUACAAAUCAGUGAACAGUUUCCUUGUGCAAUUGUUGUGUAUUGACCUACCGGAACAAUGUGUAAACAGUAGUGAGUGAGUGGUUUAUUCGUUCUGCCAUAGUUUAGCAAACAUGUGGCAUCAUGACUGUUGCAGCUGCACUAACGAUCGUCAAGCCAAAGCGGCAUCGAAGUGAGAGUGAAGCAGUGAACCUGGCGAGCCAGUGACGUGCUCGGAACGUCAGAAUACACAUACACACACAGUAUGGCCGCGACGUCCGAAGUGACGUCCUGUGGUCCUGGGAGACCACCGCCAAGGGAGCGUACGGGCUUAUCGAGCCGGAGGGGGAAACUAUGCCAGAGUCGCUGGAUGCAGCUGGGCACGGUUUGGGUGACACUGCUGCUGGUGCUGCUCACCGUCGGCCAUCUUGGGAGCGUGCACGGCGAGAAGACGAAAACAUAUUACAUGGAGUCGAUCUGUAAAAAUCAUUUUCUACAGUUACUUUAUAGAAAAAUAGAUGGUGCUACCCUUCUGUCGAGGAACGAAAGGAACCUAAACUGUGUGGUCACGUUUCAAACGCACUCCAUACUGCAGAGAUUUAUGUUACGUUUCGAUAUGCUACAACUAGACUGUAAUGAUCAUUUGUAUGUAUAUGACGGUGCACACGCUGUCGGUACGCAUAAGGCGGACCUGACCUGUAAGGACACAAAACAAUCAGUGGGAGCGUUGUUCACGAAGACGAACUUUCUCACCUUCAAGUACGUGACCGACAACUGGGGCACGGAGACAAACGGUUUCAAGAUGGUCAUAACAUCCGUGAAAGAUUCAAAGCUUAACUGCGCAGACUUCCGGUGCAAGGUGCCCGACUUCUGCAUACACCAGGAUCUCAUGUGCGACGGUGUCAGCCACUGUGCGGACGGAUCGGACGAGGCGGUCGGAUCGCUCUGCCCCGGCCCGGAUCGCUACAUCAACACCAUCUUCGGCAUCGACCUGACGUGGGUCAUACUGAUCGGCGUCAGCAGUCUGAUCGUUUGCGGCUGCAUCAUCGGCAUCACGAUCUGCGUGUACGUGCGCAACGCACGCAACACACCGAACCAGCUAAACUCUUCGAUACAGUUGAACCAGAUGAUAGAAUCGAAUGGUUCAUCGAAACAUCUUCAAGCAACUCUGCCGCGGGAAACAACAACAAUACCUGCUUCGGGAAACUUGCAUCACCCUGCGGGACCAUUAGGGUACCUCCGCAUUCCACACAAAUUGAUGGCCAAAGUCCGUCCCAUUUGGUGCCUGGCAAAUUAAGACAAUUAGGUCCGGAUUUAUCGCAACAAACCUCACAGAAAGACGAGUGGUUUGUCUGAUGAGCGUACGACAGACAGCAAGACAGCAAUGAAUGAAUGAAUGAUACUAAGUGAGCGAACAAGCGAGAACGUACGGACGUGUGCGAGUGUGACAGACAGGCGAGUAGAAAGAGAGAGAGAGCGAGCGAGCGAGCGAGCGAGACGUGAGGAAUAUGCGAGCGCAAAGAGAUUCAAAACAACAACGGCUACUAACCCGGUUCGAGGUGCUACUAACCCUCGUACGUCACCUAAAAAGUCGAGCAACGUCAACAGCGAUCGAUCGUGUGGAUGACGUUUGCACAGGGGAUACGGAACGCGGGUCACUAGCACCAGCGCCUUCUCUGAAGCUGCUCGACAACGGCUAGUAGCAAGAAGACAGCGUGACACAAUGAAAUUAGGAUGAUGAAGAGAAGCCGUAUCGAACAGAUAGUAUGUAACACAACCGAGCGGUACUGCGGUACGAUCGAAACGUCUUGAUUGAUCGGCGACAUAUGUACCAGAGCUUGCCGAAUGCUUCAACAUGUGAACGGGCCACGCACUUAGAACAUCACGCUUUUCAAGCCAAUUGCCAUCUUCAAGAGGUGGUAAGGACAGAGCAGACAAUGCCCACGACACCUGCAUCGAUCGGCUUGCAGGGCCCGGCCCUGUUGCAUAUUACUUGUUCGAGCACGUACGAAUAUAACGACUACAACACAACGCUACACCACGCCACGAACAAACGAAAACUACGAACAAGCAAUCAAGCAAAAUCUAGUACUGCAAAUUUCAACCCAACAUUUCGCAAAUUGCAAAACAGAAACCUUAAAAUCCGUUUGGAAAGUGGUGGGCGCAGUCAACGAACACCAGCUCCAUCACCUCCAUCCCACCACCGAUCACCGAUAAUAUUAACAGCCGCAAACUACUACUACUACUACUACUACCACUAACAUCACUAACACCAACAACACCACCACCACCGAAAACACGACUGAAUUCGGAGAAAAUCGACGCAAAACAUCUCUUACAGAACAUCAUUCAUUCAAAGAACGACGCAAACAAAAAUCACGCUAAUUGGAGAACAAAUUUUUCGGCACUAUAUGAAGACUGUCUGGUUGGUCAUCAAAAACCGCGCAGGGUGUAAUAUUGAAAAAGGGAGUAAACAGUGUACCCAAACAACAAGCAAACAAGCAACAAUGCGAGCAACACGAACAGCACGUUGAAGAGAGCGAAACAACAUCAACUGUUUGCAGCAGGAGAGAAACAGAGAGCAACAGCACGAAGAACUCUAGCAAUUAAUGAAAACAAUUAUACCACAAUUAAUGAUUAUUAUGGUAAAUAUAAAAGAAAAGAAAAACAAACUAAAGAAACCAACACAAAAAAAAAACACGACCGCAGAAGAAAUCAAUCUUAUAAUAGCAAAAACAAAACAAGAAAAAAAAUAUAUAGAAAUCGGUAGAAAACUAAUGGAAAAGGAGUCGAGUAAUGUAAUAAACCAUAGACAGGAUUGUAGAGCUAGUGAGGAAGAUAUUAAACUGAACAAAGCAACAACACCUAAGGAACUGGAUAAGGAAGGUGGCGCUUGACGAGCAAAUUAUCCAACUUUUAAUGUUAAUCGUGUACAGCUCUGCGGAGAUGAAAGCUUAGCUUAAUAAUAUUUAAUGUAAUGUCAUAGAAAGCCUCACCGAUCUGCUUCGUCUCUCCUUGUCUUUCGGUUUAUUUAACUGCGCAAACUCUGCGCUUAAGCCGUUUCCUAGUAGGAACAGGAGAGGGAAGGUUGUAUCCAUUGUAUUUUUGCACCCCAAAGCAGCAUGGUGCAACCUACUUCGGAUGUCCGUUCCCGACUGUUCCUGACUAUUCCAAAGAUGUUGAAUGUAAAUUAAAAUGUAUCAUUUGUACCAUCAAACGUGGGCCAUUCGAAAGGAAUCUGUUAGAGUACCGCAGUUGUGUAGAAACCUCUGACCACAGUAGCUAAAAUCCCGGGCGAUAAAUCCAUAGUGCAAACAGCGGAAAGCAAAUAGCAUACCUUACCGAAGCAGCAAUUCGGCGAUUGAUUUGUGCGUACAAGAUUUAUCGCGAAACCUGCUUAAGUAUUGUCCAUAUCGCCAGAAGAAACAGAAACAAAACACAGUAUCAGGGAAGGUUCGCCACACCCAUGUCUUUUCCACUUGAGUACAGCAUUUAUCUUCCAUUCGAUCAGUAUUCGCAUCUUCACACUUUAGUCCGCGGGCCAACGGCGAGGGCCGAGUGCCGAGAGGUCGUUAUUUUAAUGCCUAGAGAUUGCUAUUGCUCUAGCGCGUACUAGUGCGACGACCUGUCCCGGCAGCAGCAUUAUUUGUAGGAGAGCAAUCAUUUUCAGCGGAAAACGCACACUUGACAGGGCCCUGUUGCCGACCACUACCCGAUUGUCAAACAGUGACAGAUGACUGAUACACUAAACAAUACGAUGGGCACUAGUAUAAACAUACACACACGUGCAAAUAUUAGAAUAUCCUACAGAAGAAGAAAAAACAGGGAAAUCAGAUAAUAUCUAGCGAGCUCACUACCAUGCGCUUGUGUGGCGUGUGGUAUAAUCACUCACACCGGGAAAAUUGUGGGACCGCUUCACCAAACAUCAUCAUGUACUACACUCGGAACCAUUCGGGCACUAUUUCAUGCACUCACUCACACACCCAUACCCAAACACCCCCAUUUGAUUGUAGAAUCGUUAAACUUUAAUAGCUUUGUGAAAUUUAUCAAUUGAAGAAGGAUGACGGGGAGGGGAUGUGGCGAGUAGAUUAAGCGAGAAUACAAUACAAAUAACAGGUGGCAAAAUACAAUCACUAGCUAAUGCGCACGUCCCUCUCGGGCGCGACGGUUCUGCUUUCACUUCAAUUUUUGGCAAAGGUGGACAUCCCCUCCCCUCCCAUUCACCUGCCCGCUAGAAAGGCCGUGCUCAUAACUCAGCUUCUUCCCCACCUCCCAGUCCCCCCAUUUUGUCCUGUUCCCCCGAAGGCUGUGCCGAUGGGGGGUCUAGGUUGGAUCGCAAAGUUUGCCGUUUUUAGAAUUUUUACACACGAAAUGCAAUCGGCAGCGGCUCAUCGACCCAUUGAAUGUAACAGGUCCUGGAUUGGAUUUAGUCCUCCACCUUUUUUUUUUUCGCCCUCCAUCUCACAAACGCGGUGGGGACUAAUUGGCCCACUAACACACACGUUUGGAUCUGGGGUUUUUGUGUUUCGCAAAAAUCGCUUGCAGUCGCUUUCUAAGGCUAUAGAGAGACCCAUUAUCACAGGUAAUGCCGCACUCACACCGCAACUAGAACAAUAACGCAAAGUAACGCUACAUACUUAUUAGAUAUAGAGAGAAAGAGGGAGAGGCGAUGAACGAAGGAAGAGUGCACAGGAUGUACUAAGGAGUGCUACGUGUCCUGGAGUGCGCAUACAUCGGAAAGCAUACUUUUAGCCAUAACGGUAGACAAGAAACGUAAAACAAUUAAACUAAAACAGUAGGAAACCUCUCAUCGAUUAAUAGGACAAAGAAAUGAACCUUUCCCCUUCGAUCCCUCCAUUUCCUUUUCCUGUCAACUGAAAAAGUUUGUGAUUGACCAUGAAACGUGUGUGGAAGUAGUUUUAUCUCCCAUCUCAAAGGCUCUUUUUCAGACCCUGCAAGAGCUCUUUUGGUUGCUCAAAUCCCAAUAUCUGGCCCUGACAUUGCCGGGGAGCUCGAUCUCUGGUCUUAAGUGAUGCGGAUUUUUCACUUAUUUACUUUCGUAUGGAUGUACCAUGUGUGUAUGACGAAUGUAAGAAUACUGUGCAUGUUCUGUGUGUGUGUGUGUACGUGACUGUAUGUGUACAGAGUGGGUACUUGAAAGAUGUGAGCUUUACGUUCCAUAUACGCAAGCACCUGCGCAACACUCACAUCGGACAUAGGAAAACAUAAGUUAUGGCGUCACCAUAGUUGAGCAUCGAUGUUUUAGAUAUGUAUCUGUCCAGUAAAGCGUCCUGCAAGCAAGAUGAAUGUCAAUGUGCUCUCGAAAGGAUCUUGGGUGCCGCUGAGGACAAAACUGGGCGAAGGCUAUAGUACCAGCUCCUAGUUAAUCUGUUUAGAAAUCCUGCGUUGCAAAUGUCCGCACAACCACGUCCUACUUCAUUCUUUCUGUCCAACUGCGAAAGCGGAGCAUGGUUCACUUCCAGCUCCAGCUAUGUUUAGUCUGUUGAAACGAGGAACCAAAUUCGAAACCCCUAACUCAAUACCAACUUCUGAAACACACAAACACCCACACCUACACUCUCCUACGGAAUACGAUCUUAUAUUGCUAACGAUCCAUCAAUUCUCUGAGACAAUAGUUAAUCUUUAAACGCUAACAAAACAAAAGGAAAGUAUUAUCUGAUCGUGAAAUAAAGCUUUUUGACGACAUAGAUGAAGUUGGCUGAUUGUGCUGACAACGAGAAGAUGUAUCAAAAUUGCUCUACACAAACAUGCUGAUACAACAUUGUACAACCAAAUUGUUUCCCUAGCGCCACCGAAAUGAAACAACAACAAAAAGUCCGUGGGAAAUAUGUAAAGCUCUAAGCUUUGUUUUACAAACGAUAGAAAAGAGAACAACAUUCAAAAGUGGAAAACAACACACAAGAAAACAUACUAAAAUACACAAACAAACAGUUCACAAUUUCAGGCAAUGGCAAAGAGGAAAGAAAACAAACUCAAAGAAGAAACCUUAAACUAAACGAACCAACACACAAAACUCGACUAUAUCACCCAUUUAUUCCCACAUAUCGGAACACAAGAUUACAGGACGUAUUAAACAAAAAAAAAGGAAAGGAAAGGAGAGAAGCUAGAAGGAAACUAAACCAUCAACGUCAACGUAUAUAUAUCAAUAGCAGGAGAGUGCAUGCACUGGAUAUCAUUCACGGUCGACAUAUCCAAAUGUCACUUGGAACAAAAUAUAGAAAGAAAAGGAAAACAUUUACUAAACCAAGCGAUACACGCUUAGAGUGUUAAAGGUAUGCGCCAUUGAGUUUUGGGUUCUGUUGAAUCAAGUUUAUAACAAAACGCAUUUUCAAAAUGCUCCUUCGUCUACUUUUAACUGACUUCUUGGGUAUUGAUUUUGACUGGAAGGGUUAGAUUUGGUUUGAACUUUGUAUCCUUGUAUUGUUAAAUUAAAAAAAGAUCAAUAUAUUGGAGGAAGAGCGAUCAUAUUAGCAAACACAAUCUCACACAAACUGACACACCCACACACACACGACACUCCGAUUGUACAUAAUUUUAUACAACUCCAACGAUACAUAUGAUUAAAUCUAACUAUAUAUAUACAUACUAACAUAGAUACCUAUAUCAAAAUAGAGAAAUUAUCAGAUUCAUACGUUAGGUCCAUUGGAGGCGCGGAAAAAUCGAACUCAUCGCAUUCAUUCCUAUUACACGUGAUGUAUGAUUUCAUUGAUUCGUGGCGAGAGGAAUAGCAGAAAUUAAUACAGAACAGAACACUCUAGAGUGUUUGUGAAACUACGUUAAAACCACACCUAGUCCUAACUGAGUCAGCGAUUUAGCAGAAACUCCACUCCAGUUUCAAAACAAAAAUCGAUCAUAUUGAAGUACUGGGAAGCGAGCAUUUAAAAACACACGAAAUUACGUCUUAAUCGGAGAAAUAUACAAUCAGAAAGAGGAAAACCUCUCCCCUCCCAAUUAACAAACAACAAUUAAUAGUUAAAAAAAGUAAACACAGCACCGUCAUCAGUAGAAAAACUUACCAAAUUGCCAAGUAUUUGAAAUGGACAGUCCCAUACACACUCACACAACCUGGAAGUAAUCGACAAGUAAUCGACAUCAACCCAAUGGCAUGGCGGCAAAACGCUCUAUUGUAACUCUAUCGAAAUAAACCAUCUGUAACAUUUGUCCGUGUGUGUGUGUGUGUGUGCGUGUGAGUGUAUGGUAAUUAAACAAUGGAAACGAUUAAACGGACAAGGCAAGACACGAGAGCAGGACAAACGCGAGGCAAACCAAAACCCAAGGAGCGUAAGGAAAUAGUAUAUUUUAUCGAGCAUGCAAGCGCUAGCAGGAAAGUCGCACAGAGCGCUAAACCAACGCAGCUAAAAUUAUUGGAAGCAGUGGUUCUGUCAGCAGAACAGGCUGGCGCUGGCGGUUGGCCAAUUAUACAGGACGCGAAACGGACAAACUAAAUGUGACGAGGAAACCAUAGAUAACCUGAAACGGACGCAAGCAAAGUGUUUGGGAAAGGCGACAGGCGCAGGAUAGGUUCCACGAGGGAUGGGGAAAGGUAGUGCAGUUCAGCGAGCUACCGUAGCAUGUAAGCCUAUAGAGCAAUUUUCGAAAUUGAUACGAGAGACAGAGAGAGAGGGAGAGAGAGAGCGCGAGAAACGGAGAAACAGAGAGUCGAGAAGAGACCAGAAAAGACGGAACGAAACCAAUGAACGGCAAAAAACGGAAAAAUAAAUAUUGACAUAUAAAGCGAA